AUGGAUUCUGCAAACAAUAACAUAGCUGUCAAUCAGCUGUACCAUAAAACAGACGACGAAUUUUUUGGAAGCAAUAUUACACUAAAUGAUCACUAUCACUAUAUCGUCCUAGGGAGUGAUCACGUUGCUCAGAGUGCAGGAUUUUACCUAGCCAAAUCUGAUCUCUCCAAAACAGUUCUAGUGCUACAGACAAAUCAAUGCGAUCAGAUUUUUGAACUGAAAGAUGAACCAGAUCCCCUGGGUCUAACAAUAUCAAACAAGUUUGCUGAGUGUGCUCACCAGCUGAAGUAUAAGUUCAUUGACCCCUUCUCGAAUGGGCAGCGAAUCGGAGUAGCCUAUAAGAAUCGAACCGCUAAGCUGGACAACGUACGACAAACGUUGUUCGCCGUGGAUCCAAAUUUGAAGUUACUGACCGGAGCACGAAUUGUUCGUCUGUUGUACAACCACGCCUCUGCCACCGUGUUGGGUGUAGAAAUUGAAUUGUAUGGCUCCAGGCAGUACAUUUAUGCAGAGGAAGAUAUGAUCAUCGCGGGGCGAUGCUUGAAUGAUUACCAACACUUAGCGGUCUCCUCGAUCGUGUCGAAUGCGACGCUAACGAGUGUUUUGAAAGCAAUGUCUUUAGAUACUAGUUUAGGCAGUCCAAUGAUGGCGCCGAUCUUGUACACAAUCUCCAAAGAGAAAUUACGAAGGAAUCCAAUUCUAUUGGCAACAGAAUUAUUUCUUAAAUCACCAGAAAGUAGUGGAGAUGAUGCAAUGAAACCAGACGUCAAACUUCGUGUGCUUAUGGGGAAUUCGGUCGGUGGCCAGUACGCAUGGGUUGGGUUCGUACCUUCCAUACUGUCGGAUGAUCCGAACUACUCACCAAGCCAUGAAGAAACUGUUAAAGUUCUUGCGUUUGCCCUGAAGACCGCAACCGAAAUUAUCAGUUGUGAUGCAUUUAAGUUUCUAAAUUUGACUUUAUUUGAUCAAGCCAUGGACGAGUGUGCAAAAUAUAUCGAAAGCGAGCAAUAUUGGAUUUGCUACGUACACAACAAACUCAAGCGUUUUGAGAAGACAUCUGCAUUCAAGAAACACGCCACCACUCUGCUGGAUGACGAUUUGCGCCUUAACGGUGUGAAAGGCCUUCGCGUGAUACCGUUUGGAUUAUCAACACCUUUGUUGAAUCGGCAAUGGAGCAAACUGUUUUCAACAACUGAGUUGCGUUUUAAUUCGAGCACGAAUGGUAUUGAGCCAAAAACGAAAACAGCAGAAACAGAGGUACAACCUGUAACUUUGAAAACAUCCACGCCGGUACACGCUUUGGUUGGGAUGUUAACAGAACUGUCGAAAAGGUUCUUCGACCGGCAGCUUAUGCAAAAACAACUAACUGAUAUUUCUAAACUUAGUAACUUAAGAUUCGAUUUCGGUUAA